UCGGUUGAUACAGUUCGCAGACAACGCAGAAUUAAUUAUUAUAAACAAUUGGUUCAGGACUGUCUGUUAUUAAUUCUGUGACAGAAAUGUGCGGCUUCAGUAGAAUUUUUUCUGUUAUGGGAAGCGUUAUAACAUAAAAUAAAAUUCAAUUAAUAAAAUUAUUAUGGUGUUGUAAAUUCGAAUUUAGUUUUGUAGUACAGAGAACAUCCGGAAGUGAAGAUGCCUGUGAACAAGCAUGAUGGAUACCAAAUGGACUUGGACAGUAUUUUGAAAGAGUUGGGACAUUUUGGAAAAUUUCAACUUCUGAAUUGCCUGUUUAUUUGCAUUACAAUAUUGCUUUUUGCUAUGUAUGCGAUGAGCUAUGUGUUCACGGCGGGCGUAGUAAAUCAUAGAUGUUUAGUACCUGACUGCGAUGAUCCAUCGAAUCCUGAAUUCAAGCCCAGUUGGUUGGGAAAUGCGGUGCCUUACGAUUGGCGAAACUCGGACUCAUCGGCCACCAAAUCCUUUGAGAAAUGCGAGAGGUUUGCGCGGAACCUUACGGUGCCUCGAGAACCCGAAUGCCCAAAAACCAUGUUCAGUAGCACAUUUGAAACUUGCGACCAAUGGGUUUUUGAAGAUGAUACAUCUACGAUACAAACAGAAUGGAAUUUGACAUGCGAAGAUAAUGAAUGGAAACUUGCUCUUAUCGGGACCAUAAAUAAUGUAGGACAAUUUGUCUGCUUAACAAUGGCUGGAAUCGUCUCUGACAAAUUUGGACGACGUACUGUUCUAGUAUUUGGAAUAGUUACUUUAGGAAUGAUAGGUAUCGUAAAAUCUUUCUCAGUCAAUUACUUGAUGUUCGUAUUUCUUGAAUUUUUCGGAACUGUCCUGGGAACGGGAUGUUACACUGCUGGAUAUAUUCUGGGAAUGGAGUUAGUACAACCUCGCAAGCGUGUUUUAGGCGGUGCAGUCAUAACCUGCUUCUUUGCCUUUGGUGAAGCUUUAGUAGGAGCUAUUUCAUGGAAAACACGCUCAUGGCGGCUUCUGCUUCGAAUCAUACAUCCACCAGCUCUGCUGCUCCUUUCAUACUUCUGGUUGAUACCAGAGAGCAUACGUUGGCUAAUGGUACAAGGCAGAAGAAAAGAGGUUGCCAAAGUUAUAAAAAAUGCGGCUCGUACGAACAAUGUUGUCUUGUCCGACAUGGCUAUGCAAAAACUAACACCUGGUUCAAACUCAGAUUCCGAUGAAACAGAAGACGAUGAAAGGAUACGAAUUCAAACCACCCAAUCUUGGAAAUCUUUCCUUAAAUCAACCCCAAUGAUACUAAGAGUAUUGAACUGUUCUUUUUGCUGGUUUACAAAUGCAUUUGUUUUCUACGGAUUAUCUCUUAAUUCAGUAGCUAUAGCUGGAAACAAAUAUCUAAAUUUUAUUCUAGUUUCUCUAAUAGAAGUUCCGGCCCAUGUUGUAACAUAUAUUUUAUCAGAUCGAUUGGGAAGAAGAACGUUACUUUGCGGAGCAUUAAUAUCGAGUGGAGUUGCAUGUUUUGCGUCCAAAUUUGUUGCUACAGAUCUGACUUGGCUGCGCCUGGUGAUGUUCCUGUACGGAAAGUUUUCGAUAACGAUAUCAUUUGCUAUACUUUAUGUAUAUACAACUGAACUAUUUCCUACUUCCAUGAGGCAUUCCAUACUAGCGUCGUGUUCUAUGUUGGGCAGAGUGGGCUCCAUGAUUGCCCCCCAAACGCCGCUCUUGGCCAGAUAUAUGGAUUCCUUGCCCUUGAUACUCUUCGGAGGAACUGCCCUUACUUCAGGAUCUCUGAUAUUAUUUUUCCCAGAAACUCUUAAUAUUCGGUUACCAGAUACUAUAGAGGAAGCAGAAAAUAUUGGUAAACCCGAAAUAAAAACAUAGACACCGUUUCAGGUGUGACAUGUUGAAUUUUAAAUUAAUUUUAUAAAUUUAUAUUUAUAUUUUUGUAAGUUUUAAUAAAUUAUAAAAUUAAUAUGA